ACUAAAAAUUGAAUCAGUCACUGAUCACCCACUCUAAUGGAAGAGGAUGGUUGCAAUGAUGUUGAAAUCUAAAUCGUUGGAUGGGGCAGGUCCUCUAAUUUUAGAGGCUGUAAUUUCCUAUUCAGCUGUUCUUGUUUUGCAAACAGGAAUUUCUAUCAAGAGACCCUCAUUUACUUAGUUUGUCAUGUUCAUAAAUAAGGUGAGAAUAUCUUCGUUUCUUUUUUGCAUUAAGAUUUUGAGGUGAGACACUUUUAUGCAAUGAGAAGGAAUUAGGAACUCCAAGAUUAGUAUCUCUUGAAGAUUUCGAGAAACCUUCCAAAGGGUAUCUUUCUGGUGACACCUGUGUUUUUGGAGCAGAGGUUUUUGUUGUAGACUAUACAGGAUGCUAAAUCUGUUUCCUAAAGGAAAUAGAAGACACAAGGUGGAAGCUGCUACUGAAAAACCAAAAAGAUGGCAACCAUGUGUCCCGUAUAGAUGUUGCAAUAUUGGAGACAGUGGGAAACAGCCCACCAGAACACUUCAUGUUGAAAGUGGAAUCAUUCUCGCUACUCUCUCAAUUGAUCUGAGGAAGUUUGUACUUCACCAUGACGGUGGUAAAUCAAAAGAUGUGGAUGGUUGUGUCUCCCUGUACUUGAUGAUUGCUGAAACAGAUAAGCUAUGUCCUGGAUGGGUUGUGAGUGUUGAUUUCCAGUUAUUCAUAUAUGAUCAGAUUGGGGACAAGUACCAUGUGUUUCGAGGGUAUUCUAAGGUCGCAAUUAGACACUUUCAGGCAAUGCAAAUGGAAUUGGGAUUUCCAAGAUUACUGUCUUUCAAAAUUUUCAAUGAGUAUCUUUUCAAUGACACCUGCGUUUUUGGAGCAGAGGUUUUUCUCUUUAAAGGUGCUUACUGCUGGUGGAUUAAAUGGUAUCUAGAGUUGUAUCCUAAAGGAGAUAGGAGAGUAGGAGAUGAAAACUUGUCGGUCUAUAGAUGGUUAAAUGAUAGCAAUGAAACACUAACUUGCAAAAUAAAGCUUUGUGCUCAGUUUAUGCUGCUAAUGAAGAACCAACAGAAUGGCGCACACAUGAGUCCUUUACAGCUUGCAAAUGGUUCAGUACUGCAGCAGAGAUGCCAUGGGGUUGCCUUAACUGCAUGGCCUUAUAGUCUUAUGGUGUUGCUUGAUUCUGUUAUGGGAGGACUUUCAUUUCUGCCUCCUCAUGAUUUGACUGUUGUAGCAGCUAUCAAUGGAAAUAGCAAAAGCAAGUAUGUGGUCGGUUGGGCAUUGGACAAGUUCAUUCCUGAGGGAAAUCUUGUGCUUAAGUUGUUGUAUGUCCGUCCAAGGAUAAAAGGUGUUCCUACACCAAUGGGAAAUUACAUUCCUUUUUCUCAAGUCCGAGAGGAUGUAGCAGCUGCUUUUAUGAAGGAAGUGGACUGUCAGACAAGUGAGUUGCUUCUACCUUACAAGAAAAUGUGUGCUCAGAGAAAGGUAGCUCUGUUUUUCCUUUUUCUAGUCGACUUUAUCUUGAAGGUGCAAGCAGAUGUUUUGCUGAUUGAAUCGGAUGAUGUGGCAAAUGCAAUAGCAGAGGUGGUUGCAAAGGGUGGAAUCACCAAGCUUGUUAUUGGAGCUCCAAAUCGGAGCCUUUUUACAAGGAAAGCUAAGAAGAAUAAUUUGUCUUCAAGAAUCUCUGUUUGCACUCCAAGCUCUUGUACAGUCUACGUUGUUUCUAAAGGAAAGUUGUUAUCAAUCCGUCCAUCUGACGAGGAGACAAUUGGCAGUUUUAAAGAUGACCGCAGUGAAAUAAGUUUUUCGAGGACUUUAUCUAGGAGUUCAUCUGUUUAUACUUCCAGGAAACAAUCAGACUCAAGCUCAGUUGCUUCUUAUGCUUCAUACAAGCCCUCUUCCCUACUGUGGCAGCGAUUUCAAGCACUUUCAGCCAUAAGCAAGAGAGAUUUUCAUGCAAGAAAUAGUUCUUUUAAUAUUAACCACUCUAGAUGCCAGUCUCUCGAUAUCACGGCAGGGAAGGCUGAAACUGGAGUAGCAGUCAGCCAAAGUCCUAGCGGCAAAAGCUUGGAGGCAGACAGGCAAUCGUGGACAUCAGAUCAAGCUUCUAUAUUGGAUGUUGUUACAGACUGUUCUUUCUCAGAAAGCCAGGUAAAGAUUAACUCUGAGGCAGAAAGGUUGAGAAUUCAACUCAGUCGUGUGAAGGGGUUGUAUGCAAUGGCUCAAAGUGAGACAUUUGAUGCUUCCCAAAAGCUUGAUACUCUAGAUAAACGUCGGAUAGAGGAAGCAAAGAAGCUUCAGGAAAUAAGCUCUAAGGAGGACGAAGCGAAAGAACUAGCUAGACAAGAAAAAGAGAAGUAUGAAGCUGCAAGAAAGGAAGCUGAGUAUGUGAAGCAUUGUACUGACAGAGAAGCUUCACAAAGGCGAGAAGCAGAGAUGAAAAUCAUUCACGAAGCCAAAGAAAAAGACAGACUUGAGAGUGCUCUUGUUGGUCCUGUGCUACAAUAUCAGAGGUUCACCUGGGAAGAGAUUGUGUCAGCCACAUCAUCGUUCUCAGAUGAUCUAAAAAUUGGAAAGGGAGCAUAUGGAACUGUCUAUAAAUGUUUUUUGCAUCAUACAACUGCAGCAGUGAAAGUUCUCCACUCAAAAGAUGGUCAAAGCAUCAAAGAAUUCCAGAGGGAGCUAGAAACCUUGUGCACAUUCAAGCAUCCACAUUUGCUUCUUCUCAUUGGUGCAUGUGUUGAUAAAGGUUGCUUAGUAUAUGAAUACAUGGAAAAUGGUAGCUUGGAGGAGAGGCUGCUCCGCAAGAACAACACCCCUCCAAUCCCAUGGUUUGAGAGAUAUCGAAUUGCAUGGGAAGUAGCCUCAGCUCUUGUUUUCCUUCACAACACAAAGCCUAAACCCAUCAUCCAUCGUGAUCUGAAGCCGGCAAACAUCUUGCUUGAUCAUAACUUUGUUAGUAAGAUUGGAGAUGUUGGACUUUCCACAAUGCUUAAUUCAGACACUGGCUCCGAGACAACCACAUACAAGGACGCCGGACUUGUUGGAACAGUCUGCUAUAUUGAUCCUGAGUACCAGGUAACUGGGUUGAUUUCUCCAAAAUGUGAUGUUUAUGCUUUUGGGAUAGUGAUUUUGCAGUUGCUAACUGCUAAACCAGCAAUGGCACUACCUCAUAUGGUGGAGACAGCAAUGGAUGAUGGUAAAUUGAUGGACAUUUUAGAUUCAGCGGCUGGGGAUUGGCCAGUUGAAGAAACAGAGGUGUUGGCUUCGCUAGGACUGAGAUGUUCAGAGCUCCGGCGCAAGCAUAGACCUGAUUUGAAAGAUCAAGUACUUCCAACACUGGAAAGACUAAAGAAGUUUGCUAGUGAGGCUAGCGAACUUCAAUCAGCACCUCCUAAUCAUUUCAUUUGCCCAAUACUUAAUGAUGUAAUGGAUGACCCAUGUGUUGCUGCUGAUGGUUACAACUAUGAGCACAAAGCAAUUGGGAGAUGGCUUCAAUAGAAUGACAAAUCGUCAAUGACAAACUUGCCAUUGCCAAAUACGAAUCUACUGCCAAAUAAUAGUCUCCUUAGCGCAAACCCCGAGUGGAAGUCCAAAAAAUAAAGACAAUGCAUCAUUAUCUUUGGCUUUGCCAUAUAGGAGUUGCAGGUUUGUAGCUUCCAUUCAACUGCUGGUGAACACUUAAAUUUAAAAAAGUUAUAAACACCUUAAUUUCUA